AUCUCUCACAAUGUCUUUCAUUCGAGUUGAAGGCACAAAGCUCGUGGAUGGGGAGGGCAAGGAGAUCAUCCUUCGUGGUGCUGGUCUCGGUGGUUGGAUGAAUAUGGAGAACUUCAUUUCAGGUUAUCCCGGAUGUGAGUUUCAGAUCCGCAGCGAACUGGCAAAAGUCGUUGGGAAAGAGAAGUCGGAAUUCUUCUUCGACAGGUUUCUCCAAUAUUUCUUCGAGGAAGAUGAUGCCAAGUUCUUCAAGUCGCUCGGUCUGAACUGUAUUCGUAUCGCCUUCAACUACCGACAUUUCGAGGAUGACAUGAAUCCACGUGUGCUGAAGCCAGAAGGUUUCAAGCAUCUCGACCGCGUUAUCGACAUCUGCGCUAAACACGGUAUCUACACCAUCCUCGACUGUCAUACUGCACCUGGUGGUCAAAAUACGGAUUGGCACAGUGAUGCUGGAACACACAUAGCAAACUUCUGGAUUCACAAGGAUUUCCAGGACAGGCUCGUAUGGCUUUGGGGAGAACUCGCCAAGCACUACAAGGACAACCAAUGGAUUGCUGGGUAUAACCCAUUGAACGAGCCUACCGACUCGGAGCACACACGCCUCAUCGUGCUUUACGAUCGCUUAUACGAGACGAUCCGUGCAAUCGAUAAGAACCACGCACUUUUCUUGGACGGAAACACCUUUGCAUCUGAUUUCAGUCAUUUCGGGGAUGCACACAAGCGCUGGACAAAUUCUGCAUAUGGUAUCCACGAUUAUUCUGGUUACGGAUUCCCAGCAGCGGGUGAGUUGUAUUCAGGCACGGACGAGCAACGCCGUCGUAUGCGUCGUUCGUACGAGAGGAAGAAACAAUGGAUGGACGAGCGCGGUCUGUGCGUUUGGAACGGUGAAUGGGGUCCCGUAUACGCACGUCGUGAAUACGAAGGUGACCUCACGGACCAGAUCAACGAGUCGCGCUACCUCGUCCUCAAAGACCAACUUGCAAUCUACAACAAUGAUCGUCUAAGCUGGUCGAUUUGGUUGUACAAGGAUAUCGGAUUCCAGGGAAUGGUCUUCGUCUCCCGUGAGACUCCAUACAUGACCCUCCUUAAAGACUUCCUCGCGAAAAAGCACCGACUCGCCGCGGACGCAUGGGGAGCGGAUGAUUCGUAUGUCCGCUCGAAGUAUCAGCCACUGCUAGACCUUAUUGCCAACGAAGUCGCACCAACCGAUGAAUUACAGCGUCUCUACCCUUGGCCUGUGUGGAAACUCUCAGAUCGCGUUGGACGACUUUCACGCAACAUACUCGUGUCAGAGUUCCUUGUCAAAGAGUGGGCAGAACACUUCCGUGGAAAGUCGGAGGCAGAGCUCGAUCAGAUCGCUCAGAGUUUCAGGUUCGCGAAUUGUAUGAAGCGAGAUGGGUUGAAUAAGGUGCUCACGGAGAAUGCGAGUUUGGUUGCGAAGUCCGGUUGAAGAAUAGGACAGAAGUGAACACAACGCGUUGUAUCAAUGUGAUUGUAAUGAUAAACCAGCUGUCGUCGUACAAUGUAAUUCGUUACAAAAUCUGAAGGUUAUGAAUCUCAGAAGCCGUAUUUGUCCAAA